CUGGAACACGCCAUUUUUUCUGCGAGACUCAUAAGGCCUGGCCAUCUCUGGACGCUAUCAAGCCAUGUCGUUUCAGACGCUCUAGACCAUCCUAGAGGACCACCUACCAAACCCCAACCAAUGCCGCCUGUCGCUAUUGAUUCGAUUAGAGCAGCCCAGCGGCUCGAUUCUCGUGGCAAGCCCACGGUGCAAGUCGAGGUAACUACUUCCGACGGAAUCUUCACUGCGAUCGUGCCCUCUGGAGCAUCGAAAGGUGACUACGAAGCGAUUGAGCUUCGGGAUGCGGAUAGCGAGGCUUUCGGGGGCAAUGGAGUUCUUGAAGCGGUCCAGAACGUCGAAGAAGUGAUUGGACCGGCGCUCAUCAGCCACAGAGUCGACUUGACUGCCGGGCUCAAGGAAAUCGAUGAUUUUAUGAUCCAGUUAGACGGGACCCCUGACAAGAGCGGCCUGGGAGCGAACGCGAUCUUGGGAGUCAGUAUGGCGUGUGCCAGGGCAUGUGCAGCGGCGCGGAAAGUACCGCUAUACGAGUUCAUCGCGCGCGAGAUGGGUUCUGACACGCGAGGCUACACGAUGCCCGUUCCGUUCUUCAACGUUCUCAACGGGGGUGUUCACUCUGGGAACGCCAUGUCGUUCCAAGAAUUCAUGAUUGCACCCACUGGAGCAAAAUCCGUAACGCAAGGCAUUCAAUAUGCGGCGGAAGUCUAUCAAGAGCUCAUGAGUCUCCUCAUCGAGAAGUUUGGCAAAUCGAGCAUCGGGAUUGGCGACGAAGGAGGGUUUGCACCACCGAUCUCUCAGCCCUCCGAAGCCUUAGACCUGCUGAUGGAGGCAUUUCAGCGGUCGGGCCAUCAGGGGCAUUUUCACAUCGGCAUCGAUCCGGCGUCAAGCGAGUUCUUUAAAGAUGAUGCAUACGACCUCGGCUUCAAAGCGUCGACGUCGAAUGUCAAGACGAAAGGAGAAAUGGCUGAUUUGUACCACGAACUGAUUCAACGCUACCCGAUCGCGCUCCUCGAGGACCCUUUCGCGCAAGACGACUGGGACGCUUGGGUUGCAUUCAAUCAGACCUGCCAGGUGGAAUUGGUGGGAGAUGAUUUGCUCGCCACCAACCUUGUUCGAAUCAACAAGGCUAACGAAAAGAAGGCGUGCAACGCGCUUCUCCUCAAGAUCAAUCAGAUUGGGACUGUCACCGAAGCGCUAGCUGCUGCAAACAAAGCCUUCGAACUAGGUUGGUCGGUGUUUGUCUCCCACCGCUCGGGCGAAUCGACCGACCCUUUCAUCGCCGAUCUCGCCGUGGGAGUCGGUUGUGGACAUCUGAAAUCAGGUGCCCCGUGUCGCGGGGAGAGGGUGGUAAAGUACAACCGGCUGAUGGACAUUGAGGAUAGCCUCAUCGCUCAGGGACAACAAUGCCGCUAUCCUGGCGAGCAUUUUCGCGCAGCUGCAAUGGCACCAGUCCACCGAGGCUGAGAAAUCUCGGUUAAUACUGUGUGGGCCGGA